AUGGCGGUGCCGGAGCCGGACGCGCGGCUGGCGCAGGAGAAGGAGGAGGAGAGCGAGGAGGAGAGCGAGAUCCUGGAGGAGAGCCCCUGCGGGCGCUGGCAGAAGCGCCGCGAGCAGGUGAAUCAGGGGAACAUGCCAGGCAUCCAGAGCACCUUCCUUGCCAUGGACACAGAGGAGGGUGUGGAGGUGGUGUGGAACGAGCUGCUCUUCACCGACAAGAAGGCCUUUAAAGCACACGAGGAGAAGAUCAAGACCAUGUUUGAGCAGCUGGUGCUUGUGGAUCACCCCAACAUCGUAAAGCUUCACAAAUACUGGCUGGAUGUGAAAGACUCAAAGGCGCGGGUCAUCUUCAUCACAGAAUACGUGUCCUCAGGGAGCCUGAAACAGUUCCUGAAGAAAACCAAGAAAAACCACAAGGCCAUGAAUGCCAGGGCCUGGAAGCGCUGGUGCACUCAGAUCCUGUCUGCUCUCAGCUUCCUGCACUCCUGUGAGCCUCCCAUCAUCCACGGCAACCUCACCAGCGACACCAUCUUCAUCCAGCACAACGGGCUCAUAAAGAUUGGUUCAGUCUGGCACAGGGUGUUUGCAAAUGCCCUCCCCGAUGACCUGCGAAGCCCCAUCAGGAUUGAGAGGGAAGAGCUACGCAACUUGCAUUUCUUUCCCCCGGAGUACGGCCAAAAGGCUGACGGGACUGCUGUGGACAUCUUCUCCUUCGGGAUGUGUGCACUGGAGAUGGCAGUGCUGGAGAUCCAGACUAACGGGGACACGCGGGUCUCGGAGGAGGCAAUCGUGCGGGCACGACAUUCUCUGGAUGAUCCCAACAUGCGGGAAUUCAUUCUGUCGUGCUUGACCCUCAACCCAGACAAGCGACCAACAGCUAAUAACCUGCUCUUCCACCGGGUGCUCUUUGAGGUCCAUUCCCUUAAGCUGCUGGCAGCACACUGCUUCAUCAACAACCAGUAUCUGAUGCCAGAGAAUGUGGUGGAGGAGAAGAUAAAGGAACUGGACCUGAACAUGGUGAUGGCAGAGAUCCGGAGAGAGGGUCGGCCUGGAGCACAGUGGAGGUACUCAGAGGUCUCCUUCCUUGAACUCGACAAAUUCUUAGAAGAUGUCAGGAAUGGGAUUUACCCCCUGAUGAACUUCGCUGUUUCCAGACCCCACGCCCUCCCACGUGCACUCUCCCAGCCCCAGGAGGACCCUCAGAAAGCCAAGACUCCCACCCCAGAGCCCUUUGAUGUGGAGACCAGGAAGGUGGUGCAAAUGCAGUGUAACAUGGAGCUGAAUGAAGACAAGACCCAGUGGCAUCUUACUCUUCUGCUGAUCCUGGAGGACAAAUUGCAUCGACAGUUGAGCUACGACUUGCUGCCCACUGAUAACUCCAAGGACUUGGCCACAGAGUUGGUGCAUUAUGGAUUCAUCCAUGAGGACGACUGUGAAAAGCUGGCUAACUUCCUGGAAAAUGCCUUCCACAAAUACCGGUCUCCUCCCUUCAGGACUGACCGGGCACUCGCUCCUGACUGAACCUUUGAGGUCCAUGAGAGGGGUAUGCCUGGGCUGUGGUGUGAAAAGACAACGGCAAGUGGAGGAGUAAUCAGCAAACACGAGAAAUUACAUGUGCAUCAAGAGGAGUCGGGACCAAGCAGGAGUACAUGUUCUCGUCCCCAUUCCUGAAGCAGCAAGCCAGAGGGAGUUGUGAGGUGUGGGGGAGUGGGGUAGCACCCCCUGCAGCCCCUUCCCAAUGGUGACUGUGAAGAUGCAAAGCUGCUGCAAGAAUCCCCCCAACUGAUAAAUUUCUUUCUGGGAAUGAUAAGCUUUUUUCACUGCAGGUCCCAAAGCUAUUUUUUUCCUCUUUGCCAGCUGGUAAUACUUGCAGUAGGGAGGAAAGGAGCAGGCUUGGAAAGCUCUGGCGCAGUUUCCGAUCUGCCACAUUCUAUUCUUUAUACCCAGUUUCUCCUGUUUUGUUAAGGUUUCCCCAGCACAGAUGAACCACUGUGAUGCCUUGUAAUUAGAAUUGCACAUCUUGGUGUAAGCUGAAGAGAGGACUUUGUAAGUUGGACUUGAUAUGGCAUGAGAAGAAAUUCCAGAAAUCCAAACCCACCAGCUGGAUCCCAACAUGUGGAUCAGCGGAAACCUCACUGGUGCUGAACAGAACCCUUGUCAUUCCCCAGCUUGUCUUAUGGCCUUCCAAAAUCUCAUGGCAUCUUAAGGGGAAAACCCCUGAUGUCUCUUCCCUCCCUGUUUCUCCUGUGGUGUUUGGAAUUUCAGCCAUUAGCCUGGAGAAAGGGGCAAUCAUCUUAGCUGCUGUGCAUGUCAGGUUCAGUUGGUGAAAAGUGCAAAUAGGAACUAUUUGUGUUGCAAAAGCCAUGCAGUGCUGCUCCAUGCUGUUCACAUUGUGCCGUGUGGAACCAGCUGUAUCAUGCUGCACUGUGCUGGUGUUCUGCGCUGUGCCAGGUCCUCCAUGUGGUACUGCCUGCAUUAUGCUGCCCGUGCUUUGCGGUGUUGCACCAAUUGUAUCACGCGGGGCCGGGUUUGCCAUGCUAGGAUGCUAUGCUGAGCUGCCAACUGCUGCUGUAUUUCCCAGUUGUGCUAUGCUGUGCCGACUUUACAAACUGACAAAUCAAUAAAGCCACUGAAAGU